ACCUAUAUAUAUAUAUAUACCUCCCCCUCCUCGUCUCAGCAACGUGUGCACCAUGAGGAUUAUAUUGCUGGUAAUUCCGGCGUGUUUACUCGCCUUAACAGAAGCGCGACGAGUGCAGAUCCGGCCUCGAACGGAAUCUCAAACUUAUUACGAGGAACAGGAUAACCAGGCCGCCGAAGAUGAUUUUGACAGCGUGGCAGUCUAUCAACCGCGUACCCGCGCGCUUCCUUCGCCACGCUCCAAGGACGCACUGCACGCAUCGAAGCCGCCGCCGGUGCAGACCAUCAGAAACUACAACAAGGUCAACGAUGAUGGGUCUUUCACCUUCGGCUACGAGGCGGCCGAUGGUUCUUUCAAAGAGGAGACUCGCGGCGUCGACUGCGUCGUGCGCGGAAAGUACGGCUACAUCGACCCGGACGGCAACAAAAGAGAGUUUAGCUACGUUUCGGGUAAUCCCUGCGACCCAAACGCGCCCAAGGACGAGGAGGAAGAGGUGCCAGAGAAAGAGGAGGAAGAAAUUUCUGGACCAGCGAAUUAUCCCGUCGUCAGACCCGUACAACGAACCAUCCCGGUGAGACCAACGUAUCAGCCAUCAACCACUCGCGCACCUACCACGAUAUUUCAGACGGAAUAUCAGCUCGAUGACGACGCGAGCCAAGAACUGACCGAGGAAGAUCUGAAACCGCAACUGCGACCCUCGGCCUUCAGAAGACCGAGCACCCUGGUGCAAAUUACACCUUCCACCGCUAUUUACGAGUCCUCGCCGUCCCCUAACCCGUCCUUUUAUAGACUAGCUUCCACCCCAACGGCGCAGUAUCAGACCACACCAUCGCCCAUUCUCCGCGGUCAGUCCACUGUUGCCUCCAACGUCUAUCAAUCGCUCGAGGCGACCACUCGCCGGCCGGCGACUCGUCAGCAGAGGCCCCAAUCGGUCGCGAUAACCCCGCGGCCCCACGUCGCUCAAGUGGCCGCGCAAUAUGUCUCCCCUAGCAGCACCGAGCGUCCCGACAAUCUGUUCUAUGCCCAGACUCACCCCACGGUAUCGCCUCUGCGCACCACGACUGCCGCUAGCACUCCCCAGCUCGACUUUGCCGCCGAACUCGAGCGUUACGUGAACACGAUCGGCUCGCACGUUUCUGCCACCCCUACCGCGAGACCUCAGGCUGCCCCUCAAGCCUCGCCUCAAACCUCCUCGAGAGUUAAGCUGACCGGUCAGACGACGGUCACCGCUGCAACCUCAACCGCCGCCGAGCCCAUCUACCAGUCGGAACUCGUGUAUGAUCCCUCGACCGGUCAGUACAAUACCCAGCUUUAUCAGACACUGCCCCAAACUGUGGGUGACUUUAGCCUCAGUCACAAACUCCAACCAUUCGUAGCCUCACAGCCCCAGUCCCUAGUCGGUCUGCAGCAACUGCAACAGUACCAGCAGGCUCAGCGGCAGAGCCCGGUCUAUAAGCAGGCCCAGUCGGCGCCCACUCCGGCGGUGACGCAGCCCCAGGAAGUGCUCUACAGGAAGCAGCAGGCGCAGCUGUUUCAGCAGUCCCAGCAGCUCUACGCGCAGCAACAACGUCGCCAGCAGCAACAGCAGCAACAGCAACAGCGGCAGCAGCAGCAGCAGCAGCAGCAGCAGCUCCAAUCGCACAGACUGCAAUUAUUGGAAUCGCAGGGGGAACCCCAGGCAUUCUAUUACGUGGCGCCUUUGAAGGCCUCCGCCAGCACCGCGUCCCUUUCAGUAGGUCAAAUUGAUCAGUUUCUCCGAGGUAGAGGUGCUAAUAAUUAUUGAUACGAUCUAAAUUGCAGCGUUAAGAAUUUACUCUCGGAUUCUUGGAAUCGUCGGUAUUUAUCAUUCGAUAUUAUCUCGAACCUCUUGCGACCGCUAAACCGCCGAGGAUCUCGAGCUGCUAGAUCGUAAUGUUGGCCCAUGCGUAUAAAGGGUAUUAUAUAUAAGUAUAUGCAAUAUAUAUAUUUUAUACAUAGUAUAUAUAUAUAUAUAUUCACGUGUGGCGGCGCUGAAGCUGAAAUAUAUGAAGUAUAUUGCUCGAGUGAAUGGCACAAACGAGCGCUUUGAUGCAUGCGUUGUACGCGGGGAAUGCGUGUGCAAUAUAUUUGAUAUAAUCGGGCGCUCCGCGAGAAGUAAUAGUUGCGGUGAAAAGUUCUGCGACGCGCAAACGUCGCGGAUUUAACGUCACUAUCACACGUAGAUCGCAGGAGAUCGCGUGGGUUUUCCGCGAAGCUUAUUCCAAGUUUAUUACUACAAACGCGAUCUUCUCGUAAUUUUCGCAAGAAACGUGGAAUUUUCCGAAAUUACCUUGUUUUCGAUAGCGCUUUCACGCUUUGGUAGCCGUGUAUAAUGUAUAUAGCAUAUCCGUUUCGCUUUUUUCCGUCCAACGCGUGUCUCGAAGCGUUCAUGCGCUACAUCCGCUCAUCUCGGCCAACGCGCGAACGAUAGAUAAUAUUAUUCAUCGACGAUAUGCAAUCGGAGAACGAAACUUAGAGAGAUUAACGUAUGUGAUACUGGAUAGAGGAACCGCGCGCGUACGAUUUCAUGAAUAGUGUCAAUCGCGACGAUAGUCGGUGACAAAAUUUGAUCUUUCUUUAUCGUAUUUGUAUAUCUUUCAGAAUUUUCCCGUUGAAUUAUCUCAUUGAAGAUCUUGUUCUUUACUGAACAACAAUAUAGAUAUAUUCAAACGAGCCCUGCAAUGCCGUUUCCGUGACAACUUGUCGAUAUAAUUUUGUUUUCAUUAAAAGAUAGUAAAAUUUUAUUUAUUCGCGCACCUCGAGAAUUAAAGCGGAACGAGAUUUCUUCCGAUUUGCACUUCUCGUCAGUCUGUAGUAUCGUGUAAUGUUUAUGAGGCACGUUAGAGAGAGAGUGAAAGCCAACGACCUGACGCAAUACUCAUGCACGCAUGUACGAUGUAUUACCGUGGCAAUUUCUCGCAGGUCUCUAACACCGUACUGUCAUAAAGAUAUCCAUGGUGGUUUCGGGAUACAAAUGAAACACUUCGUCGCGCAGCCGCGGAUCUUUUUAAGCACGACCCCGUAAGCCCAAGCAACGUAAUAAUGUUCGAAUCGACUCGAUUACAAAACGUUGAUCUAAUACAGGAUCGGGUCGCGCGAAAGGCGAAUGAAACGCGAUAGGAUAACAAAUCGAAUCAUAUCCAUUCAUGCAAUGUUUCAAGACAUUUUCAAUUAAACGUGCAAUAUUGCUUAUUGUACUAUUGUAUCAUAUAAUCCACCAAGCAUUAUUUGAUACAUACAUUUCCUAUAAUUGAAAAAUUAAUUCAAAAUUAAAUUUUCGAUUUAUAAUUAUCGCGUAUGAAUCUCUCUUCUGAAAUAAUACAUCUCAUGACGCGACGCGACAAAAGUUUCAAUUUAAUAUUUUACAAUCUUUUCUAAUUUUUUUUCAAUAGAUUAUUAAAAUUAAAUCUUAAAAUUAAAAUUAUAAAAAUAAAAAAGAAAAGUUUAUUUUAUUACAUCUUGAAAUUCCGUGAUGCAAAUGUGUGUGUAUCGCUCGCGUUUUAACUCGGUAAUAAUUCCGAUGUCCGAUACGCUAAUGUCGGUAGGAAGUGUACUCGGCCUUUUGCAACAUGGAAUUUUGCAAGCUUGCCGCGAGUAGGGUUCACCAUGAGUCGACCAUCGGGGAAACCGCAAUACGCUCUUAUUGGCGUGGUCUCGUUCGUAAGGACAACAUUCUAUUCGCGCCAGACUUUCUAUUUGCAUUCUCUGUCACAAGUGUGAGAAUCGAUUCGUAUUUAAUGCGUUCCGCGACUCGACUGUUCAGCUCGCGGAAAUAUAUAGCAAAUCCGAGAAAAAAACGGUUGUAUACGCCAUUUUUAUCGAGAUGCUUCACAGCCAUUUAUAAUUAUAUAUCAGAUAUCUUAUGUAUGUUAUUUCUUUUUUAAUUAUAGAUUUUUUUAAUGCAAAUAAAACUAAUUUUUCCUUGAUAAAUUUUUACCACGAAAAAAUGUUUGUUCAAGCAACACUCGUUUGGAAUUAAUCAAACGCAAUAACAAUUUUUAAUUAUUAAAAGCUAUUGAUUCUGCUUGCUAUUGAUUCUGCUUGCUAAUGUUUGCUUUAAUGUCUAAUAGUUUUUUACAUAAAAUUUCAAAUUACAGUUUAAACAUUUCGUAAUUUUGUACUAGCGUCGUACAAUUCAUACUUUUUUAUAAAAUAUAAUUUGACUGCAUAUUUUUGAAAAAAGUUUUUGUAAUCAUUAGCACAAAGAUGGCUUAAUCGAUGAUUUCGUGAUUUAAUCGCAAUUACAUUGUUGCUGUAAUGGGCUCGAAGCGGCGGUUGCCUACUCUCAUAUUGUAAAUAAUACUUGUUAGUUUUAAGGUAUAGUGGCUAUUUAGCAAUUCAUACGCAUACUAUUGCGCAUAAAUCUUCGUAAAGAGGAGACUUACGUUACAGUUGUUUUCUUUUUGUAUCAUUUGUGAACAUAAUCGAAAGAAAAAUAUUACUG